UUGGGAAAAGGAAAAAAUGGACCUCGUGGAUUGAAAAAGAGGGAGGGGGUGAGGGAGGAGGGUCUCGUUUGUCUUCCAACUUGGUUGAAUCCAGGAGGGGAGGAAGAAAAUUUUAAUUUGUGGAGGAGAAAGAAACGGAUUCUGGAACUCCAUCGAUUAAAUCCCCUUCUGCAUUCGUGAGAUUCAUCUUUCUCCUUCAGAUUUUUUAUUCAAAGCCUCCCAAUUCUCCUCUCGUCCAACUUCCCCAGCUGUUCUUCGCAAUGUCGCUGUGAUUCCUCAAUUUCAACUCAAAGUCCCAGGUUGGAGCAUUUUGACAUUUUUCGAUCUUGCUCAUGGGUAAUUGUUGUGCUACUCCUAGCACGCCUUCAGCUAAGCCUAAAGGUAAAAACAAGAAGGCCAAUCCAUUUCCUGCUAAAGAUGGCGAGAAAAAUGCGAAUGGUCAUGGUAAUAAGCUUCAGGUGUUGAGUGAUCCAACUGGUCAUAACAUUUCGGCUCAUUAUGAUCUUGGUCGGGAGCUUGGUAGAGGCGAAUUCGGUGUAACAUAUUUAUGCACAGAUACAAAUACAGGUGAAAAGUUUGCUUGUAAAUCUAUAUCAAAGAAGAAACUUAGGACUGCUGUCGAUAUUGAGGAUGUGCGAAGAGAGGUUCAAAUCAUGAAGCAUUUGCCCAAUCACCCGAAUGUCGUUAGGCUGAAGGACACUUACGAGGAUGAUCAGGCAGUUCACAUCGUGAUGGAACUAUGCGAGGGUGGGGAGUUGUUUGACCGAAUUGUUGCAAGGGGGCAUUACACAGAGCGUGCAGCGGCUGUUGUUAUGCGGACAAUUGUUGAAGUUGUUCAGGCUUGUCAUAAACAUGGAGUGAUGCAUCGUGAUCUCAAACCAGAGAAUUUUCUUUUUGCAAACAAAAAGGAAUCAUCCCCAUUGAAGGCAAUUGAUUUUGGACUGUCUAUCACUUUUAAACCAGGUGAUCUAUUCAAUGAAAUAGUAGGCAGUCCUUAUUACAUGGCCCCAGAGGUUCUGAAAAGGAAUUAUGGUCCAGAAGUUGAUGUUUGGAGCGCCGGGGUUAUCCUCUAUAUUUUACUCUGUGGCAUUCCACCAUUUUGGGCAGAAACUGAACAGGGUGUAGCACAGGCGAUUAUUCGCUCGGUUAUUGAUUUUAGGAGAGACCCAUGGCCAAGAGUCUCUGAAAAUGCAAAAGAUCUUGUAAGAAAAAUGCUUAAUCCUGAUCCCAAGCGGCGCCUUACUGCUCAGGAAGUUCUAGACCAUCCGUGGUUACAGAACGCUAAGAAGGCUCCAAAUGUUCCGUUAGGCGAGACGGUGAAAGCAAGACUCAAGCAAUUUUCUGUGAUGAACAAGCUCAAGAAACGGGCCUUAAGGGUGAUCGCUGAGCAUUUGUCGGUCGAGGAAGUAGCUGGCAUAAAGGAGGCAUUUGAUAUGAUGGACGUUGAGAAGAGAGGGAAGAUAAAUCUCGAGGAGCUGAGAAGUGGAUUACAAAAACUUGGACAACAAAUUCCAGAAGCAGAUCUUCAGAUACUGAUGGAAGCAGCUGGUGUUCAGGAUGAUGGAGCUCUCAACUACGGAGAGUUUGUUGCAGUUUCAAUCCACCUUAAAAGGAUGGCAAAUGACGAGCACCUUCAUAAAGCUUUUGCAUUCUUUGAUCAAAACCAGAGUGGUUUCAUCGAAAUUGAAGAGCUUCGAGCUGUGUUGCUAAACGAUGAAGAAACAAAUAGCGAGGAUGUUGUCAAUGCCAUUAUGCACGAUGUUGACACAGAUAAGGAUGGACGCAUAAGCUAUGAAGAGUUUGCAGCCAUGAUGAAGGCAGGAACAGAUUGGAGAAAAGCGUCAAGGCAAUAUUCACGGGAAAGAUUCAACAGCCUAAGCUUGAAGUUGUUCAGAGAAGGAUCAUUGAAACUUACUAGUUAAGGUAGAUGAACCUUCCAAAAGAUGAAAUGAUUCAACUGAUAUUUGAAGAAAGCAAAAAAAAUGGAGUAUACAAAUAUAUUUAUGUUGGGUUUUCUGCUAUUCAUUUAUGGUUUAAGAGCUAUAUGAUCAGUGGCCUAUAAUUAUUAAUAUUAUUAUCAUUUGAUAUCCAUUCCAAGUGAAACCAUUGGAUGAGGAUCAAGUUCUCAAGUGUGUGAACAUCUUCUUUCCAACUGUAUUUUUAGAGCUUUGCUUGUGUUUUUGAAGAAGCUGUAUGGAAAGGUGGAGCUGAUGGGAAUUUACCAAUUCUGGCCUUCUAUUUGUAGAAGUAGACAGAGAUAAAUCUUUCUGGGACUUCAUAUUUGCCAACCUCCCUGAAUGAUGAUGAGUUCUAACUUCAUAUUCUUGUAGAGAGAGAAAGAGAUAAAGUUCCUUAUUUUGUCCAAUCAUCGCUUUGAAUUUGAUAUACUUCUCGAUGAUGUAUACGAAAUCAGAAGACCACAAAAGAAUUCAUUUUAUGUAGAGAGAGAUUUCUGAAUUGAGAGGAUGAUAAAGAUUCGUGUUGAUUCACUUGUUUGAUUAAACUAUUUUUUCUAAUCUACAACUUAUAUAUGAAACGAUCAUGAGUA